AUGGAGAAACCCACACCCGUCUAUUACACGAGCGAGAUUGAGACUGACGGGGCAACCAGUUCCUCGCUCUCGCAGGACAUGGCUCUUCCAGAUCAUGAAUUGAAGAAUGUUGAUCCGUCGGAUAUGAAGAAUCCGCAGAAUUGGAGUCGUACUCGGAAGACGCUGCUCUUUGCGUCGCUGAUGGGUAGCUCGCUAUUGGCAGAUGGAGCGAUGGUCUGGGGUGGCACGCUCGUUACACCGCAGGCAAUGGAAUGGGGUAUUAGCAUCACGCACUCGGCAACGAGUAUGAACUACGGUAUUCUGCUACAGGGCUUUGGUGGCAUGCUUGCAGUGCCGCUAAUUGAAGCCUAUGGCCGGUUUCCUGUCUGGAUCUGGCCACAGGUCAUCACAAUGUUCAUGGUACUUGGUGCCACCCUCUCUCACGACUGGUCUACCUUUACGACCUUCCGCUCGCUGCAGGGUCUGUUUGGCACCAUCCCGCAGGUCAUCGGCCUGCCUAUCAUCCAUGAUAUGUACAGUCCAGAGGAAUGGCCUCGCAUGAUCAAUAUCUGGGGCACAACUUUCAUGGUCGGCCCUUUCCUCGGCCCCGCACUCGCUGGGUAUAUUGGCGCCGGCACAAACUGGCGCGAUUCCUUUGGCGUGCUCACAGCUAUCUAUGGGCUAUCUACUUUGACGGUGCUCGUCUUCGGCGCUGAGACUUACUAUAACCCCGGCAAAGCACCUACCUCACGUGCCGGUUCGUACUUCGGGGUUGGAAAUACCAAGCUCCCCAAGGGCUCGACAUUGUGGCACUGGUGCGAGGUGAUGGUGCUUUAUGUCUUCAAGUUCCCAUUGCUGAUGACCGGUAUUGCUAUUCUGGUGACCUUUACGUGGCCGAUUGGGAUCACCACCACAAUCGACAGUUUCCUCCACAGCCCGCCAUAUAAUUUUGACACGAUCGAGGCAUCAUCCAUGCGUUUCGCCGGUGUGAUCGGUGCUCUUGGCGGCUGGGUCGUCGGCUUCAUCUUCAACGACUGGGUCUAUAAGCGCCACCACGCCAAUUGGUGGACCGAAUACCGCCUGCACGGCGUGUGGUUCCCCCUCGCCAGCAUGGUCUGCGGUCUACUCACGUACGGUCUGACUAUGAACUUUGGCAAGCACUGGAUCGGCAUUGCCUUUGGAUGGAUCAUGGUGAAUAUCGGUAUGGUGGGAACAGUCGUCGCCGUCACAGCCUAUGCCCUGGAGAAAUACCCCGAGCAGUCUACCGUCGUCUCCGCCAUCCUAAAUAUGUGGCGCACCUGCGGCGGUUUCGCUGUCGGAUACUUCCAGCCGGCCUGGAUUGCCCGGAAUGGACUUGGUCUGGUCUUCGGUAUCCAGGCUAUUGUCGUCAGUGUUUCGGUUGUGCUGUGUAUUGUGCCGGUGUUGAUUAAGGAGAGGCGGAAGAGUAUGCUUACUGCAGCAUAG